AUGCAUGGGGAUCAGAGCGUGACCUGCAAGACUCGCAUCAUCUCCGUCAACUACAACGCCUCGAAUAACGAACUCGUCCGUACCAACACGCUCGUUAAGGGUGCCGUCAUCCAGGUCGAUGCCACGCCAUUCAGGCAAUGGUACGAGAGCCACUACGGUCAACCCGUCUCGACCAAGAAAGGGUGCGCGGCAGCUGCACCGAGACGACAGAGGAGAAAAGCCACAGUCGGAAUUGACAAAGAAAAAUUCGGUGCUGGUCGUUUGUAUGCCGUCAUUUCGAGCCGACCAGGCCAGGUUGGACGAGCAGAUGGGUACAUUCUCGAGGGCAAGGAGCUCA